AGAAAAAGUAUGCCCCCCCCUUGGCUUGCUGUCAUCAAACCUUAGCUUUCGUAGAUCAUGCUUUUAUCCCUAUCACACGCACGCUUGGCGCGUCGGUUUGCUGUGUCCAGAUUACGCUCAGCGCAAUACUCUCAGACGGUAGCGCCGUCGGCCAUCGCAAAUGGCAGCAACCCAAAGGUCCAUUGUUAUAUUUCCAAAUGCAACGAUCCAUAUACCAAUUUGGCAUUUGAGGACUGGAUUCUGCGCAAGAGUGACCCAGAGUCGUUCGUUCUCUAUCUGUGGCGCAACCGCCCAACCAUCGUUAUCGGUCGCAACCAGAAUCCGUGGAAGGAGUGCAAUCUCAAAAUGAUGGCUUCUCGCGAUGUCCUGCUCGCCCGACGCACCAGCGGCGGCGGCUCCGUGUACCACGACAUGGGAAACAGUAACUACACAGUAGUGAUGCCGCGCGAAGCAUUUACCCGAGAUAAAUGCGCCGAAAUGGUGUCCCGCGCGCUCCACCACGCGGACAUCCCAGCAUACGUCAACGAGCGACACGACGUGACAGUCGAAGGGCGUAAGAUCUCCGGGUCAGCGUUUAAACUGACAAAUAAACGGGCAUUCCACCAUGGCACCAUGCUCAUUGACACGGAUCUUGGGCGACUCCAUGGGUGCUUGCACAGCGAGGCCAAGGAUGAUAUUGAGGCCUUGGGCGUGGAGAGCGUGCGCAGUGUUGUGACGAAUCUCAGGGAGUACUCGUUGUCCAUUGACCAUUUGACUUUCUGCCAGGCGGUGAUGAGCGAGUUUGGACGCACUUUUGGGAAGCUUGAUGUGGGAAGGAACGUUACGGUGUGGGAUGAAAGCGAUGCAGAUGUUGUUGGGAUGGUUGAGGAGGAGCGGAAGAGGAUUAGCACGUGGAAAUGGCUCUACGGUCAGACACCGAGGUUUGUACAUAGGUUCGGCGGCGUGGUUGGCGGAAAGCCUGUGGUAGCCAAAGUCUCGGUGUACCAUGGGCAUAUUACAGAGGUUUCUUUGGAAUAUGAUGCUGGCCAGGAGGACGCGGAUGACUACGGCGUGUUUCAGAUGAUUUCAGACAGCCUGGUGGAUGUGCCAUAUGUCGCCGCCGAUAUCCGGGGCUGUUUGGGGCCAAUUAGUCGUGAGAGCCCCGCUGCUGCCGAGCUCUGCAGGUGGAUCCUGGAAAAGAUCAUGGAGGUGGCAUCAGGUGAUUCAGCAUAAUUUUCUUUUUGUUGCAAGCAUCAGUCGGGACUGGUCGCCUAAAUAAAAAAAGGGGAGGCUUCAUCCUUUAAUUUUAAAUGAUAUACACAUCCCAUCCAUAU